AUGAACACCAACGUGUGCGUGGAGAGCGGCCCCAACCCCGAGGCGCCGGGGCUGCCCAAGGACAGCCACCUGCCCGAGGGGGCCCUCAACAGCCUUGUGGAUUACAACUCGGAGAUGGAGAGGUACCGCUCCUUCGCCACCUUCUACAAGACCAACGGCGGCGCCUUCCCGCAGGCGGCCAAGAUCGCCCGCAUCACCACCCCCAUCUUCCCCAGCGCCGCCGCCGCCGCCGCCGCCCGCAUCGGCAUGUCCCCCUGGAACUGCGACACGGCCACGGCCGCCGCCGCCACCGCCAUGCUCUGGGGCAGCGGCGGCGGCGGCGGCGGCGCGGCGGGCGGCGCGAGGAAGCCCUCCUCUGCCGCCGCCGCCUCCGCCUCCGCGGCCGCCGCCGCCGCCUCCUCGCUGCACGCCGGCAGGGGCGGCAUGCACCACCGGAGCGACUCGCAGCGGCUGGGCAAGCCCGGCUGCCCGCCGGCCGAGCAGCCCGCCCUGCCCAUGGCCAACGGCAACUUCCUCUCCACCCUCUCCCCCGAGCACUGCCGGCCGCUGGCCGGAGAGUGCAUGAACAAGCUCAAGUGCGGCGCCGCCGAAGCCGAGAUCAUGAACCUCCCCGAGCGCGUCGGCACCUUCUCGGCCAUCCCGGCGCUGGGCGGCCUCUCCCUGCCCCCCGGGGUCAUCGUCAUGACCGCCCUGCACUCCCCCGCCGCGGCCUCGGCCGCCGUCACAGACAGCGCCUUCCAGAUCGCCAACCUGGCGGACUGCCCGCAGAGCCACGCCUCGGCCUCGCCCGCCUCCGCCCUGGGAGGCGGCGGGGCCGGGGCCGGGGCGGGCAACCCCGCCAAGAAGAAGCGGAAACGGUGCGGGGUGUGCGUGCCCUGCAAGCGGCUCAUCAACUGUGGAGUCUGCAGCAGUUGCAGGAACCGCAAAACGGGACAUCAGAUCUGCAAAUUUAGGAAAUGUGAAGAGCUUAAGAAAAAACCGGGCACUUCGCUAGAGAGAACACCUGUUCCCAGCGCUGAAGCAUUCCGAUGGUUCUUUUAAGCAGUAGUGUAUCUUAUUUUCAAGGCAUUCGGAAGUGAAUGGCAAGCUAAAGUCUUGUUUUAAGAAACUGCUUAGUCCACCAUUGAAGAAUAUACUCAGAUACUAUUUUCAUUUAUGUAUAGGGGUUUCCUCAAAAGCAAAAAGUCAAAAAUCUGGGAGCCUGGGGAAUUGGCCAGCUUCUUCACGUUCAGUCCACCGACUCUUUCUUUGGUGUAACUUAGCUAUUCUAGUGAAGUUGUUGUCUAUUUUUAAAGUGGCUGUAAAAAAAAAAGAAAAAAAAAGUUUGGG